AUGGCCAAACACAACUAUGACGAGACCGGCAACAUGGUCUCGUACUUUGUCUUCAGCUUCCUUUCCGUUUUCCUCGUCCCAUACACCCUCGCUGCCAUCUCAUCGACUAAAUCUCCUUCACUCUCUGGUUGCCAAUGCCAGCAUUGCAUUGCCCAGCGCGAACGUAUUCGCAAGCGCGAGCGCGGCUCCCUCCUCUCGCCCAAGCUAAGGAGAAGAACUUUCAUCAUAUUGGCCGGCUGGUCAAUCACCGCCUUCUUCGCCUACAAGAUCUUGACAGCUGAGAACACCUCCAAAAUAUACGAUCCCUUUGAGAUUCUUGGCAUCAGCACUAGCGCGACCGUCAAGGAUAUCAAAUCCCACUACAAGAAGCUCUCUCGCAAAUUCCACCCAGACAAGGUCAAGCUUGGCGUGAACGAGACUAUGGAGAUGGUCGAAGCCAAGUUCGUGGAGAUCACCAAAGCCUACAAAGCGUUGACAGACGAGACAAUCCGGCAGAAUUGGUUGAACCACGGCCAUCCGGACGGUCGCCAGGAAGUGAACACGGCCAUUGCACUUCCCUCAUGGAUGAGCGACAACAUCUGGGUCCUCGCCGCGUACGGUAUCAUCUUCGGCGGUGCACUCCCUGCCCUUGUUGGUCGUUGGUGGUUCGGGAAUAUGGAAAAGACAAAGGAUGGCGUUCACGCCCGCAGCGCUGCCACAUUCUUCAAGACCCUCACAGAGGAGUCUGGCAUAGAUGAUGUCACUACCUCUCUUGGGAAGGCUUUCGAAUACGAGCACCGCGUCAAGAUCGCCAAGGCUGAUGGCGAACUCGAUCAACUCGAGACGCAGAUUAAGGAGCAGCUCGGAGCCCAGUGGACUGAGCUCGUCAAAGUAGCGGAGGCUGUCCCCGGUGCGCACGACAGCCGAAGGCGAGCGUUCGUCCUCUUGUAUGCGCACCUUCUCCGGUUGCCUGUGCACAAUUCCAGUCUGCAGAAAGAGCAAACCGAACUUCUUCUGCAGACGCCCACACUCCUCAACUCUAUGCUGAACAUCACCAUGUCCCGAAACUGGCUUCUUCCUACCCUUGCUGCCAUGCGUCUACACGCGUACAUCACUCAGGCCCUUCUUCCUAGCAAGGCGGACCUCAAGGCUGCUCAGCUUCCCGGUAUCGAACAGUCCGAAGCUGCCGCUCUCUCAAAGUCCGAGUCUACCGACUUCUCCGACGCCGUGUCAACACUUUCUAAGUCUGAAUCAUCUGAGCUUGUCAAUGCCCACAAGGCACUGGAGUGCCUUGGCCAAACUGAGAUUGUCGACGCUUCGUUCAAGGUUAUUGGCGAGCGCUUCGUAACCCCCAGCUCGUUCGUGCACUUGGUCGUCAAGCUCCGUGUGGAUCCUCUCGACAAGGACGGCAAGCCAGUGCCGAUCCCUAAGCAGGAUAAGGAGAAUGAGAAGCGCGACAACGAGUUCUUGUUGAGCAAAAAGGACGCGGAAGAUCUCCCUAACGGCGACUACGCCAGCCAAUACGCGCAUACACCAUAUUGGCCCGCCAACCGGAAGCCGUCAUGGUGGAUCGUUCUUGCCGAUGUCAAGUCGAACAAGGUCGUUGUGCCCCCGAUCAAGGUCACCGACGUCCCCGUCGCGGACACGCAGCGCGGCAUCGACUACCGGGCGUACAAGAUCCAGUUCCAGGCACCACAAAACGUCGGCCUCUUCACGUGGAAGGUCAUCGUCCUGAACGAUACCUUUGUCGGCGACGAGGCGUCGCGCGACGUCGUGCUCAAGAUCGACGACCCGUCAGUGCUCAACGCGGACGACGCGAACGACGAGGACGACAUCUCGGACCCUGAGGAGGACUCGCUCGCGGGCCAGAUGGCGCUCAUGCGCGGGGGCUCGGUGAAGAAGUCGCAGCCGCAGGACGGGGAGGACGGGGAGGACGACGAGGAUGACGAGAGCACUACGGACGACGAUCAGGAGGAGAAGGGCGACGGUAGCAGUAGCGAUAGCGACAGCGACUAA